GAGCCAGGAGGCGAAAGCGCUCUGCGCGGAAGGUGGGCGAAACAGCGCAAGGGGCGAAAUGAAGCCCACAGGGAAAAGCUUGAGCCAGGACAGAUCUGCCAGCAGUUCCACCAUGUCAGAUAGUGACUUUGGGGAGGAUGAUGGAAACAUAUCUCAGGAUGCUUCACAGCCUGGCAAGAGGAAACGGAGGGGUAAUCUGCCAAAAGAGUCUGUGAAGAUUCUCCGGGAGUGGCUGUAUGAGCACAGGUUCAAUGCAUAUCCAUCAGAACAAGAGAAACUCAGCCUUUCUGGACAAACAAGUCUCUCUGUUCUGCAGAUCUGCAACUGGUUCAUCAACGCCAGGCGCAGGCUCCUGCCUGACAUGCUGCUAAAGGACGGGAAGGACCCCAACCAGUUCACCAUUUCUCGCCGGGGCACCAAAGGUGGCGAUGGGGCCCUGCCUCGUGGGUCAGCAACAAGCUCUGGACUCUUGAUGGUGCCUCCUGCUGCUACUCCUGCUGCCACAUCCAAGGUGCUGUCCAUGUCUGUCUGCCCCCCCAUGAUCUGCCACCCCACGCGGCCUCUCGCUGGCAAAGUGACUGUGAUGUCGAGCGAGCCGGAGAGCCGGCCCGCCUUCCAGCGGGUGGAGCUGGAGCCUCACCCCAAGCAGCUCAACACAACAGGCAGCACUCUGGCCCUGCUGACCAGGGCAGACGCGGCCAGCCCCACGAGUGGACUCUUCAACACGCCACCCCCAACUCCUCCAGAGCUCUUUGGCGAGGACUUCAGCAGCUUCCAGUUGUUGGUGGAAGUGGCCCUGCAGAGGGCCGCUGAACUUGACUCGCAGAGGUUGAGUGGGCAGAUGCCUCCGUCACGGCAGAGGGAGUCUUCUGCUCCUGCCCUUUCCAGAAAACCCAAGUAGGCUGCUGCUGCCCGAGCUCCUCUUGGAGUCCGCUUGCCCUCCUCCCAGGGCUAGUUUUCCUGUUGGCCUCUGCUGCAAGGGGCCUCCUGACCAGAUGUUAAUGCUGUGAUGCAGCUUCCUGUCAACCAGCAGCUUGAUGCUGCCGGCUCAUCUUGGAAGCGAGCUGCCUGACUUUGUUCGAGACAUACUCCCCACUUCCAAGGAGGCACACCCCAUCCUCCUUUGGUGUUAGCAUCACACUUUGGCCCCUGCUGGCUUCUUCCCUCUCUAAGCCGUGGGGAGGGCACCAUCUGCCCAAGGAGGUGUCUGAACUGGGUACAAACUGCCCUCAAAAGGAUUGAGAGAGUUCUUGUAGAACAUGGUUGCUGGUUGACACCUUUAUUACUGUGACAAUUUUGUUGUGGUUGUGGUUGUUGUUCUUGUUGUGGAGGACUUAUGCAGAGGAUCCUGUCUCUCCACCUUCCCCUAUCCCUGCUCCCCAUUUUCAAAACCUGCUGACAUGGAAGAGAACAGGAAAAUGAUCUGAUAGUAGUGGAGAAAGAUGAUCAAAACUUUUCUUUCUUUCCUAGUGAUCCACCAAAAAGGGUGAUUCUCCCCUCCCUUUGAACUUCCCAAGGGGAGAUUUUUGUUCUGUUUUUUUUUUAAGUUUUCUUGGUUGUUGUUGUUUUUUACUGUAGAGUUUCUUAAGUACUCUUGGUGGGGUGUGAUGAGUGGCUGGUCCUUGCAUCACACCUGCUGGGAGUCCCCUUGAACUAACAGAUUUAACUGGAAAUGUUAGUGGCAUUUUGUUUUCCCCGCAGGGGGUCGGGGGAGAACAAUCAGCCACCACUCUGCAGUGUACUGGUGCCAGUAAAACCCCCACAAAAAUCUACGGUGCUAUUGAGCUCUGUUUUAUCACUGUUAUUUCAUAAGCUGGCAGAAAUUUACCUGGUUUCGGUGAUGUCAUUCUUUCUUCUGCCUCCUCUUUCCUAGUGUUUCUCCUGUACAAAUGUAAUUCUAGAAUAGAGAGAGGACUACACUGGCAGAAUGCUAACCAAAAUCAGCAGAAAGCACUGGUUAGCAAAUGGGGAGAGCAAACGAAACCCAUUCUUGACUGUGAAGUGGCUUUAAAACAACCCCCUUUAAAAAUAAAAGCUAAAAAAAAAGUUUGAUGGUAAACUGUAACUUUGGCCGCCUCUGAAAACUGUAAGGCGUCUUUACGGAUGCGCUAACAAAACUACCUAUACGAAAACGCAUCCCCACUUAGGUGUUUUUUGUUUGUGUUGUUUUGGUAUCCUUGCUUUCAUCAUGCUGAAUGUAGUUACUCCUUUGCUGAUGGAGCGAGGGUGCCCUCUUGUGGCCAGGAAGGGAAGUCCAACAGUGCAGGGUCUUCCAUGGUGAAUGGCAAACUCUUCUCUAGGCUAUAGCUACACGUGACCCUAAUACUGCCUCCUUGUGUGAUUUGACGUGUCCCAUGUAUCUGCAACCUUUAUAGAAUUUUGAACCCAGUGAUAGUCCAGCAUCCCAUAUUAGAGAAAGGGUGUAUGCUUUCAGUUUAGGUGGAGGGAAACCGGGGAGGUGGGGGUAGGUUGCAUGUUGAUCACUUGGGACAUGCAUUGUUCACUGAGUUUUACCCCCGUUUUCCUGAGACUAGGAGCUUGCAAAACAUGGAAUACUCUAAGUGAGAUGAACAACUGCCUGUUGUUUGAAUAGUGCUGUUUCACUGUAAAUGUAAGUUAAAUAGUGAUCUAUUAUAUACACCUAUAUAUCUAUCUUGAGAAACACUAAUUUUAGAGGGUGUUAGCCUAAUUAUUAUGUUGCAUGAAUAGUAAAGAUAAAGCCCAGCAGAAUGCAACUUUUUUGGAUUUUUUUCCUUUUUGAACCGGGUGCCAACCUGGCGUUGAUUCAGUGGGAGACUUCCUGAGGACAGCAAGCAGCGUUUGUGUUGCAGAACUGGAGCCAGAAGGGCUGGACUGUUUACUUGUUCAAAAACCCGCUGCGAGUGCCUUCUUUCCUUGCCCCUUCUGGCCAAACAAGGCAUUGGGGCUAAGAUUGGUGCAACUUGUAAUUGCUGCUGGACACAUCAUUGCCCCAUUUCUCCAUCGUUGGUGCUCUCAGUCUUUAAUUGAUGCCAUAGUGGAGGUAGCUAACCGUGCCUCGCAAGCUGCUGUUUUGAUGAAUCAACCCAAAGCCUUAAACAAUAAUCACCAAAUGGUGUUUACAUCUCUUCCUAAAAACCCACAGCUGCCUUUGAAACAUCUUAAGCUUGUUGGUUGUUCAUUGAUUUUUGGGUGAAGUUUGAGUAUUUCCAUUUCAUCAGUUUUGUGCACCUCCCUGUUUCUUCAUGCACUGGUUUCUGGAUAGAGUGUGCAGCUCCUUCCAUAACCUCCUCAAACCUAGUUCUAAAUGCACACACACGUUUUGUAGAAUGUGCAAGCAAGAUUUUUCUCUUGCUGAUUUCUAAUGGACUAGAACAGCCUUUCCAAACCUGAUGCAUUCCAGAUGUGUUGCAUUACAACUCACAGGAUUCCUACCUGUUUGUUGUCUGUGCUGGCUGGGGCUGAACCCCACGGCAUAUGGAAGGUACCAGGUUGGGUAAGCGACCUAGAACUAAGAUUAAUUUCAUUGUGUGCCUCUGAAAUCAGUGGGCCACUUCCAAGGGGCAGGAGUGGCCUAUGUCCAGCUGUGGCCCCACACAGCAGAAUUUCUGGCUAGCUUUUCCCCAAGUUAAGCUCCCCCACCCCCAUUCAGUGGGAUACUCACAGCCACCUUUAGUCAGAUUAGGACUAUUGUGAUUAGAAUCCUUCCUCCAGUAAGCAAAGCUGAGAGAGACCUGCUUUUCUAGCACUGGAGGAGGAGCCAAAGGUGAUCCGGAACUGUACCUAGCAAAAGGAAUUAAAAAAAAAAAAAAAUCCAGCCAGUUCCUGCAAUGCACUGCUCUUGUUGGUACAGGGGCUACACUGCUGUAUUGUGUUUGUCCUAAUCAUGUGGAGACCUUAUUUUAGAUGGGAUGGGAAAUUUAAAAAAAAGAAUAUUCUUUUGCCUGAAGUUUAUGGAGCAAAAAACUACUGUAAAUAACUUUUUGAAUUUUUUAAUCAAUAAAGGUUUUUUUUAAAUACACUGUAGCUAGUGAGAGAUGAAUGUGUGAGAGAUCCUGAGUACUGAGGUUAUAGCUUGAAUCAUAUGCAGUGAAAUAAAAACCUGGGAAUUUCCAGUGACUGGCAAGCUACAAUGGCAAUAUAUUUGAAUUUUAAUAACUGUUUCCCUUUUGGUUAAUCAGCUACUAAAUAGAUUUAAAAUACCAACAGAGCAGGGAAUA